AUGAUCCUCUCCUCCCCCCGAUCCAGAUCGGGAUCGGGGCACUCGCUCCCGCCGCCCGGUGCCGCCACGGAUCACCGUCGUCUUCCGUCGCCGUUGCCUCCUCGCCCUCCUCUCCCUCGCGCGACACCACGUGAAGCCGUGGCCACGCCUCAUCGCCACCCCGACGCCGCCGCCCGAGGACCUCGCUGGAGCUCCCUCGCCGGCCUGCUUCCUCCUCCCCGCCGGCCUGCCUCCACUCCGUUCGCGUCGUCCUCGACGACCUCCUCGCCCCCCCCCGCUGCCCCGUCCCUACAAAUCCUGGUGAGGCCACGGCCUCCGCCCUCCUCCUUCCCCUGUCCCCGCGCCGUCCGCGCCUCACUCGGUGCGCCACCGCGCGCACACGCACCCGCGUGCCGGAGCUCACGCUCUGGGCAGCACGCGCUCACCUCACGCCCGCUCCGGCGCCGCCCGGUGCUCCUCCCGUCCCUUCCACUCUGGCCACUGGCGGCUGGCCUCGCCGCGGCCGGGGCCCCCCUCGCUGGCCGUCGCUCGGGUCCGUCCCGCCCGGCCACCGCGCCCCCUGCUCCAGCCACCUCGGCCAUGGCCUCGCCCCUCUCCUGGCGUCGCCGCUGGCUGUUGGUCGCGCGCGCCUCGCGGCCUCCACCGGCCGCCCGUGCGCCUGCUGGCCUCGCCCGGGACCAGCCCAAUCGGCGCCCACACGCUCGCACGCUCACGGGGCUCCACCCCAGCAACCGCGCCCGUUAG